AUGGAGAAUGAUGUGUUUGAAUCCGCUUCGGACAUGGACGAGGAUUCUCAACGACUGGAAGAUCCCUUCGCGCACGCGUUCGGAACAGCCGAAGAUGAGGGUGCCAUGGGCAUUGACUGCGAAAUCAAGACUUACGAUGGCCGGUACAAUUCCAAAGGCGAACGCGUCUUCCUCCAAGUCGGCAAAAAGAGUGAGUUGCUGGAAGACAAAGACAGCGAUUUCAACUCUGCGCUCGUGUUGAAGAGGAUCUUCAACCAUGCAAUGGAGAUGAAGCACACCGAGCUGUACAUCCAGUCACCCCACAUGAAGAAGGCCCUCCGAGAGACCAUUCAGCGCUAUCCAGGCGUUGACUUGCAUGCGCCGUCGAUAAUCAUCAUCAACGAACCAAGGUGUAUCUUCCAUUACCGAAAGGAGCUCGAGGCCUAUCGCAAAACGCUCCAGGAUGAAGACGAGCAGGAGCACGUGAGGUUCUUGCUCCAAUACACAUUCCGUGCACUGCAUCGUGCAAUCACCAGCUUCGUUGAUCAUAUCGAGCAAUCGACAUCGGAACCGGGGCUGGAAUAUCAGAACCUCUGGAUGCUUUUCCGCCCCGGGGAUAUCCUGCUCUACAAGCUCUCCAAAUCCACUGAAGCCAUGCGAUUCCGGUCUAUGGAACUUCAGUUCAAGACUCCAACGUCUAAAGAAAAGGACUGGGUUGUGACGGCCGACGUGAUGAACUACGAUGGAAACGUCUUCGGCACUGUUGCUUGGGUUGUCCGGAUUGCUCCAUAUCAGGGCUGGAAACCCGUCAGAGAACUUAUCGUUUUCCCUUUAGAGUAUCAUCCCGAGAAAGGAAAGGUUCGUGAGCAGCUCUUAGAAAGAGGAAGGAAGUUCGUGUCCCUUCGAGAAGCCAAACAUCAAUAUUACAACGGUGAGGUCAUGGCGCUGUCACGUUGUCGGAAAGGGACGUUCCUCAAUGAUACUGACAGCGUUGAGGCUUACGAGACUACUGUAAAAGGACGGAUCAUGAUUGAUGUCAAAACCUUUGACAGAGUUUUGCCGCGUCACUCAAUUGAUAUUGAGUACGAAAAUCGUACUUACAGCCCGGAGAAGGACGAGCAUCUUGGAAUGAGUGAGACGGACUUGAUAACAUGCGCGCAUGACAUUCCUGGAUACUCUUUCGCCAACGGGCAGUGGGCCUUGUUUGAAGUCGACAAAAUCGAGGAUGUCAAAUUCAAUGACAGCGCGUUUGACCAACUCAUUUUGCCGCUGGAUCAAAAGGAGAUGAUUUCUUCGGUGGUAAGAGUUCAUUCCACUAGACGGGUCACAUUUGACGACAUCAUCUCUGGCAAAGGGAAGGGUAUCGUCUUUCUCCUGCACGGUGAUGCCGGAGUGGGGAAGACUCUCACUGCCGAGAGCGUUGCCGAUUUCACAAAGCGCCCCCUGUUCACCGUGGGAUGCGGUGAUCUGGGCGUCGAUGCCUUCUCCGUCGAGGAGAACUUGGAUUCGACCUUUGAACUUGCGCUGACCUGGAACGCAAUCGUGCUCCUGGACGAGGCCGACAUAUUCUUGGAAACCCGCGCCGGAUCAAACCACGACUUGAAGCGAAACGCCAUAGUGUCAGUGUUCCUACGCAUGCUCGAGUACUUUGAGGGCAUGCUGUUCCUCACCACGAACAGAGUGCGCAGCAUCGACGCAGCGUUCCGAUCUCGAAUUCACAUCGCUAUCCACUAUCCCGCAUUGACUUUCGACUCCCGUCGCGAGCUGUGGAAAACCUUCAUCCAAAAAGCGACGUCAGAGGUGCACUUCUGGUGGGCCGAGGAAUACCUGGAUCAUCUGGCUUCGCAGGAACUGAAUGGACGGCAAAUCAAGAACAUUGUCAGGACUGCCCACUCUGUAGCUGUUGGAGAAGGGGGCUUUCUCAACUCUACUCAUAUCAACUCGGCCAUGGUUGCAAUGAUGGCGUUUGACGCGAGCAUGGCAGAGCCGUCUCCGUUGCCUCUCAUUCAGUAA